AUUAGAUAGAAAUAUUUGGUAUAUUUUUUCCAAAGUUUGGAUUGGAAUUCUUAUUGACCAUAGAGAUCUUUUUAAAGACCUUUGAGUUCAACGACUGGAUAUACUGGGUACCUUUUGAUGUGUGGCAUCAAGAAAUAAAAAAUCUUGCACAACGACCGUUUUGUACCAUCCCAGAACACUCAAAAGUAUAAAAAGCUGCUGUGAAUAUACAAGAGGCAAAUUCCUGGUAGUAAAAUUUUCAAACUUUUGGCUCUGUCAGUUCAAAACUAAAACUAUAAGUCAACAGGAAUUUGGAAUACUAAAUAAAGGAGCUGUCUGAGUUUUGCAACAUCAAUCAGUAUCAUGGAAGCAUCUGACUCUACAGUACUUAACUCAUUACCAUCUGCUCCCCACCCAGUAGAUAAUCGUGUUGGUGUCCUUAUACCUAACCGUAUAUUUGUAGGUGGACUUGAUGGAGAAGUACGUGAAGCGGAUCUAACACGCAUAUUUUCUAUAUAUGGUAGCGUCAAGUCAGCACGUAUCAUUUAUGACAACAUUGGCAAUUGUAAAGGAUACGGAUUUGUGACCUUUGAAACUGUUGAAGAAUGCAGGCGUCUACAAAAUGCUUUCGAGUAUAUUGUUGUUGGUGAUCGUAAGUUAAGUAUUGCUCCAGCUAUUAAAAAACAACCUCCAGUUACUGCAAUUACCGGUUUUACUGUAUACACUCCAAAUCAAAUGCCAUAUUGGGCCUAUGUACCGUCUCGCAUGCCGGGUCCACUCACUUACCUACCGCCAUACAAUAUGCCAGGUGUAUAUCCAGCUCCUUUAUUGUACUCACGUAUAGUUCCAGGUAAUAACGGCACUGCAGGCGUUGAACAGAACUUGGAUAUUACAGAGAAGAUCGAAUCCCAAGCAAAUCCUCAAUAACUUUUUCCAAAAUGAUAUACACAAAGAAGUUGCUUUUUUUUAAUUCAUAUUUUCAUACAGAUUUUUUUUAUUCCUUGUGCAACUAUAUUUUAAGAUGUCAUUUGAGAAUCGAAUUUUUGUUUUGUUACUGUUUUGAAAUUAUACAUUUACUAUAGGAAGAGCACGUCCAAGUUUCGUAAAUGGUCAACCAAAAAUGCAAUCAAAAUUUUUAUUUAUGGACAGGAACUCAUCGCAACUCUAGGAAAAUAAUCCUCAUACCUGAGCAAAAUAAAAUUGAACCCUGGAAAUGGUCGUGCAAAAUUUUUUUUUUAUGUUUUUUCCAUUUUGU